AGAGAAGAAAGAAAACAAAAAACACACAAACCCAGAGAAGGGAGGGAAAGUAAAAGACCAAUAAUACAAAGAAGAGUAACUUCACAUCCUCAUUAUAGCGGUCUACUCUCUACUAUAAAAGCAAGAAAGAAUCUUUAGCUACAAAGACCCUUUUCUUGCUUUUACAGUUUUUCAAAGAAAUUAAUGUACUUCAUCUAGUUCUACACGCUAGAAGUAGAAGAUCUGCAAAGUAACUUAGCUAGCAAAGAACUUGAGAAAAGCUAACAAUGGAUAGUGUGGUUCAGUUGCAAAGGCAGUUAGUCGACUACACAGGCCAACUGUUUAAUGAGGGAUUUUUGGAUGACCAGUUUAACCAACUUCAGCAACUUCAAGAUGAGAGCAACCCAGAUUUCGUAGUUGAACUGGUGACUCUUUUCUUUGAAGACUCUGAAAAGCUUAUCAAUGAGCUAGCCAAAGAUUUAGAGCAGCAAAGUAUAGAUUACAGAAAAAUUGAUGCUCAUGUUCACCAGUUGAAGGGCAGCAGCUCCAGCAUUGGGGUUCAAAGAGUUCAGAGAGUCUGCAUUGCCUUCCGCAACUACUGCGAGGAGCGAAAUAUUGAAGGGUGUCAAAAAUGUCUCCAGCAAGUGAAGAAUGAGUACUCCCUGGUGAAAACUAAGCUUGAAACUCUGUUCAAGCUUGAGCAACAGGUUUUGGCAGCAGGAGGGUCAAUUCCUUGGCCAACGUGAUGAUGUGAAAAUCUUUGCAGAAGAUCAUAGCUAGAGACAGCUAGUAAAGUGGGAUUUUGGAUAUGUAGAGAAGCUUUUGUUCUCUUCCUUCAUUGCUCUACUUUCUUUCCACAUUUCCUGUUGUGUGAUUAAGCUCUAAACAGUUCAGAUUAUUUUAGCUUAAGUUUGUAUUAUAUCCAACGCAUGAGCAGUGAUGAAGAAUGUGAAUAAACCAGUACUUUGUUGGCAA